AUGUCGCAGCUGUCGCACAUGGUCGUGCGACGAGAGGAGGGCAGCCCGGUUUCGGUGCUGGAUGUGGGCAUGCGACGAAGCGACGAGAGCGAUUCCGAAGGCAACAGUGGCGAGUUAUUCGCUGAUCGUUCCGUCAACUCCGUCUCAGAGUGCUACCCAGACGCGACCGCCGCAUUGCGGCGACCAUCGCAAGCGUCGCUCGCGUCGCCCAGCCAACAUGGCGACGUCGCCGUGGACCUCCUCCGCCUGUCGCCGCAGGACAUCGUCGGUGACGUGGCAGGCAUGGAGCAGGACCUCGAGUACGUGCGACACGUGCUCCUCAUCUCCGGUUUUGGCGGGUCGUCAGUGCCGCCAAUCUUCUCGCGCAAUCUCCCGAUAAACCCGGUGGUUUUCGAGCAACUGGAGUUUGAGAUCACGGGACAGCUGUCCCAGCACUUUCCGUCCUCGUUAUCCGCGUCCUCGUUAUCCAGUACAAGCCCUUCGUUAAUAGGCCUAACAAGCCCAGUUGCUUCUUCCACUGUCGGAGCAGCAACAGGCGCGUCUGCUGGUGCAGUUGGCGCGGGGGUUUCGCGCCCGCCGUCUCCGUCGCUCUUUCCGCUCCCCAGCUUCGCCGUCGGCGCGCAGAACACGUCGGAGGAGCGCCGCCAGCGCAUGCUGUUAUUUGAUGCGGUCAACGAGGCGCUAGGCCGCACUCUCGCGCCGUAUCUUGAGGAGCUGCAAGUGCAAGAUGCGAUUAAUCGCUGCUCGGGUCGGCCGUCGCAGCUAUUCGCAGAUACUACUAAUACUAGCUAUGGCCUCUGGGAAUUGGAUAACGGCGCGUCUUUUUUCGCGUCGUGCUGUUCCGCCUCGCGCAAGCCCGCGCUUCUCCGCCCGCGCCCAAUCGGCCGCCAGCUGCUGCAGCGCGUAUGGGCGGAGGUGCACAGCUGGCCGGUUGCCCCGUCGGAUGACGUGUACGACAUUCUGGAUGACGCGGCAAGGAGGGACAUGGUCCGCGGAACGGAGCGCUGGACCGCGGAGGAAGUGGCAGCUGCGGAGGUUCCGCAGGUGGUGUUUGCGCUGGAAUGCGCGGUGUUAGAGCGCGCGCUAGAGGAGAUUUGCCGCGAGUUUGCGGAAGUGGAGGAGGAGCGCGCGCUGUCGCGGCAGCGGAGGCUCAGCGCGAAUGGCGCUGCGGAGGGGGUGUGCGCGGGGAAAGCUCCUGGGGGAGGGCUGCGGAAAGGGGGGAGCGGAACCGAGAGAAGGUGGCUGCCGCGACGGUUGAAUUUCUGA